AUGAGUUACGACAAUUCCAAAGCCUUGACCCGUGAAGACUACAUGAGAGUACUCAGCAGUGAAAACUCUAUUGAAUAUCGUUAUCAAGAAUACCAAAAAAUAAAGGCGAUUAAAACAGAAGGAACGUUUUACGCCUGUACAACUGCUGCUGAUUUUGAAGAUAAAAGAUGUACAGAAAAGCUGUGCUUCGACCACAACUGUGUGGUCCUCUCAGAAGAAAAAGGAGUUACGGACUUCAUAAACGCCUCUUACAUCAACGGGUUUGAACAACCAAAGGCGUACAUUGCUACAGAAACGCCGUAUUCAAAAGUAACAAUCUGCAAAUUUUGGAAAAUGGUUUGGGAACACCAGUCUAAAAUUAUUGUAAUGCUUAAUACACCUGCUCACGAAGAGGAGGGCAUUUACUACUGGAACCCGAACGAAGGAGGUACGUUUCAUUGUAAAAAAUUCAGAAUUGAGACUGUCAAUGUUCAGAAGAAUUUCGAGACAUUCCAACUUACAAAACUUCGUGUCACACACGAAAACGGAGAUGAAUUGUUCGUGGAACACUUUUUAUUUAACAAUUGGCAGGAUGAGAUUAAGUCACCUCCAGCACAUGACUUUCUUCAGUUAGUGAAGAUGGUACGAUUAUACAAUGAAUUACAAGUCAAACAAGAUUCUCCUACAAAAAGUCCCAUGGUGAUCCAUUGCAGUGAUGGGACGGGACGAACGAUGGCGUUCUGUGCCAUAGACACAGAAAUUUCAAGGUAUCUACAAGACAAGAGUGUUAACUCUUUCAGAACUGAAAAAGAGUAG